UGGACCACCAUGUAGACAGUCUGCAGCCAGAGACAGAAGAGAAGCUAGAAGCUGCAGAAUGGGAACAUAACCUCUGGAGCGGCUCCUUGAUUGCUGCCAUGAAAAGAAGCGCACUAAGAACAGAAGGGAUGUUAUUAUCUUGUGGACGGUCCUCUGCUCCUCUCGCUGGUCUAACUUGCUUCUCUUAGUGUUCUCCUGGAUGGUCGUGUGGUUAUCGCUCACUUAUUAAGGGAACUGUGUGUAUCUCAAAGCGAGGAUUUAGAUGUUUCGCCCUCUGUCCGUCUGCAGCAUCAUCAAGGCUCUUUCUCUCUCUCUCUGACCUAGAGAUCUAUCGUCUGGUUUCUCCGGUAUCACCGGGCACAUUCCAGUGUCAUUCAUCCCUCUCUCUCUCCCUCUCUCUCUCUCUCUCGCUUUCUCUUUCCCUUUCUUUAUUUUAAGAAUCUCUCUUUCUCUCAACCUACACGACUCAUUGAGUUUUGUUUCUGCGUCAAGAUACUGAGCAGCUAGUCAAGUCACCAUGGGGGACCUGACGAACAGUGAUUAUUACGCUAAGAACCAAGGAAACGAUGUCAGCAGUAACCACGAGGGGGGCUUUGGGGUCUCGGUCAUGGAGCUGCGCGACCUCAUGGAGCUGAGAGGCAGCGAGGCGGUGGUUAAGAUCCAGGAGGAGUACGGGGACAUGGACGGGCUCUGUCAACGGCUCAGAACAUCACCCACAGAAGGCUUAACAGGAGACGACCUAGAUAAGAGGAAAGAAGUGUAUGGGGAAAACCUAAUACCUCCGAAGAAGCCAAAGACCUUCCUCCAGUUAGUAUGGGAGGCACUGCAGGACGUAACUCUGAUCAUCUUGGAGGUGGCUGCCCUGAUCUCUCUGGGACUGUCUUUCUAUCAGCCUCCCGGAGGGGACAGCGGAGAGUCCUUCAACGAGCUGGGGUUUAGCAAGGAGAAGCUAGGGGUUCAGAGGGCUGCAGGAGCUACUCUUCCUGGGAGUUUAUGCCGCAUCGAGCAGGAGCAGAAGUUCCAGGUGGUCCGAGGUGCUCAGGUCAUCCAGCUCCCGGUCGCUGACAUCGUGGGGGACAUCGCACAAAUCAAGUAUGGUGACCUGCUUCCAGCCGAUGGAGUGUUGAUACAGGGGAACGAUCUGAAGAUAGACGAGAGUUCACUAACAGGAGAGUCUGAUCACGUCAAGAAAGACUCCGAUAAGGACCCCAUGCUGCUGUCUGGUACCCAUGUGAUGGAGGGUUCCGGCAGGAUGCUUGUAACAGCUGUAGGGGUCAACUCUCAGACCGGCAUCAUCUUUACUCUGCUGGGGGCCGGAGAGCCAGUGGAGGAGGAGAAGAAGAAGGAGAAAGGUAAAAUACAGGAUGGCAAUAUGGAGAACAACCAGACUAAAGUCAAGAAGCAGGACGGAGCGGCCGCCAUGGAGAUGCAGCCCCUGAAGAGCGCCGAGGGAGGAGAGAUGGAGGAGAAGGAGAAGAAGAAGGCAAACGUCUCCAAGAAGGAGAAGUCUGUCCUCCAGGGGAAACUGACCAAGCUGGCUGUUCAGAUCGGCAAAGCAGGUCUGGUGAUGUCAGCAAUCACAGUGAUCAUCCUGGUGCUGUACUUUGCUGUGGACAACUUUGUCCUGCAGAAGAGGCCGUGGCUGACGGAGUGUACCCCCAUCUACGUCCAGUACUUUGUCAAGUUCUUCAUCAUCGGUGUCACCGUGCUGGUGGUGGCUGUACCCGAGGGGCUGCCCCUGGCCGUCACCAUCUCCCUGGCCUACUCUGUCAAGAAAAUGAUGAAAGAUAAUAACCUGGUUCGCCACCUUGAUGCGUGUGAGACGAUGGGGAACGCCACGGCCAUCUGCUCCGACAAGACCGGCACUCUGACCACCAACCGCAUGACGGCCGUAGCGUGCUACGUUGGAGACGUCCACUAUAAGGAGAUACCGGACCCCGGAGCGCUGACUGCCAAGUCUCUGGACAUACUGGUCAAUGCCAUCUCCCUCAACAGCGCCUACACCACCAAGAUACUGCCUGCCACCAAGGAGGGUGGUCUGCCCAUGCAGGUGGGUAACAAGACAGAGUGUGGCCUGCUUGGCCUGGUGCUGGACCUCAAGAGAGACUACCAACCAAUCCGCAACCAGAUCCCAGAGGAGAAACUCUACAAGGUAUACACCUUCAACUCGGCCAGGAAGUCCAUGUCCACUGUCAUCAAACUAUCAGACGGCAGCUUCAGGAUGUACAGCAAGGGAGCCUCUGAGAUCGUCCUGAAGAAGUGCACUAAGAUCCUGAACCAGGAAGGUGAACCGCGGGUGUUCCGUCCCCGGGAUAAGGACGAGAUGGUGAAGAAGGUGAUCGAGCCGAUGGCGUGUGACGGGCUGCGGACCAUCUGCGUGGCGUACCGUGACUUCCCUGCCGACCCAGAACCCCUCUGGGACAACGAGAACGACAUCCUCAAUGAGCUGACGGCCGUCUGUGUGGUCGGGAUAGAGGAUCCUGUCAGACCAGAGGUACCAGAUGCCAUUAUAAGGUGCCAGCGUGCGGGCAUCACGGUGCGCAUGGUGACAGGUGACAACAUCAACACGGCCAGGGCCAUCGCCAUCAAGUGUGGCAUCAUCCACCCUGGAGAAGACUUCCUGUGUAUCGACGGAAAGGAGUUCAACAGGAGGAUCCGCAACGAGAAGGGAGAGGUUGAGCAGGAGCGCAUGGACAAAGUGUGGCCUAAACUGCGAGUCCUGGCUAGAUCCUCCCCUACUGAUAAACACACACUGGUUAAAGGCAUCAUAGACAGCUGCUUGACAGACCAGAGACAAGUGGUGGCGGUGACAGGAGACGGGACUAACGAUGGACCAGCCCUGAAGAAGGCUGACGUGGGCUUUGCCAUGGGUAUAGCCGGUACAGACGUGGCCAAGGAGGCGUCUGACAUCAUAUUAACGGACGAUAACUUCAGCAGCAUAGUGAAGGCUGUGAUGUGGGGGAGGAACGUCUACGACAGCAUUUCCAAGUUCCUCCAGUUCCAGCUGACUGUCAACGUGGUGGCUGUCAUAGUGGCCUUCACUGGGGCCUGCAUCACACAGGUAACAAACACACACACACACACACAUGUAACAAACACACAGCUGACUGUCAACGUGGUGGCUGUCAUAGUGGCCUUCACUGGGGCCUGCAUCACACAGGAUUCUCCCCUGAAGGCGGUCCAGAUGCUGUGGGUGAACUUGAUAAUGGACACCUUUGCGUCCCUGGCCCUUGCGACGGAGCCCCCCACCGAGGCCCUGCUGAUGAGGAAGCCGUACGGCCGCAACAAACCGCUGAUCUCCAGCACCAUGACUAAGAACAUCCUGGGACACGGAAUCUAUCAGCUGGUCAUCAUCUUCUCCCUACUGUUCGUCGGUGAGCAGAUCUUUGACAUAGACAGUGGUCGUCACGCUCCUCUCCACUCCCCUCCGUCAGAACACUACACCAUCAUUUUCAACACCUUCGUUCUCAUGCAGCUAUUCAAUGAGAUCAACGCCAGGAAGAUCCACGGAGAGAGGAACGUCUUCGACGGAAUCUUCAGGAACCCCAUCUUCUGUUCCAUCGUCUUCGGAACCUUCGCCAUCCAGAUUGUGAUCGUACAGUUUGGAGGGAAGCCGUUCAGUUGUACUCCUCUGGAUUUGGAGAAGUGGGGCUGGUGUACCUUCCUUGGACUGGGAGAGUUAGUCUGGGGACAGGUGAUCGCCACCAUCCCUAACAGCAAGCUACGGUUCCUGCGAGGGGCAGGCCAACUGACCAAGAAGAACGAGAUGCCUGGGGACGAAGACAUGAACGAGGACAAUGAGGAGAUUGACCACGCGGAGAGGGAGCUGAGACGUGGACAGGUCCUCUGGUUCAGGGGGCUCAACCGCAUUCAGACUCAGAUCGAUGUGGUGAACACGUUCAAGAGCGGCAGCUCCUAUCAGGGCCAGCUACGGAGACAGUCCUCCACCACCAGUCAGAACCAGGAUGUAACCAAUGUUUCUAGUCCCAGUCACGUGUCCUUGUCCAAUGCCCUUUCUCCUACCUCUCCCGCUGGGCAGUGCUAAGAGUGGAGUGAGGCUACCGCCCACGGCGUGAAUUUCAGAUUCGGGUCGUGAACG